CCCUUAGGUUAAAUAAUCGCUGAUUUUUAUUAAGUGACGUCUUAGAUUAUUUAUGUUGUUUGUCUUUCAGCUACUUUUUUAUUAACAAUAUAUUGCAACAACGUUUGUGGCCCUUUUAAGCAACAAUUGUUUCGCAAAGUCGAUAACAUCUUAUCUCUGCAGAAAGUAUUGCAAAACUUCGAUUUUUACACCAGGAGUUUAAAACGAGACGCGAUAGGUUUUGGUCAAUAUUUGCCCGGUUUACACAAAUAUCGCACAGUGUUGUUGAAGAGUUCUAUUUGCGCUAAUAAUUGCACUAAUUUUCUGCCCGAGGCAACGGGUGAGAGGCUGAAACAAUUUUUAAAUCGCUCCAAAUCGGCUGCUUGUUUGAGAUUUCCAUUACAAGUGAGAAUUGGACUAACAAUGAUCAUGAUCUUUUGCAUGUUCAUGAUUUGGCUUGUGAGUGCGGUCGAAGGAAGCGAUAUGUUGCACAAGUUGCCCGAAGAGACGGCUUUUGUUUCGAAAGUGGAGCCCCAUGAGACGAAACCUUGCACUUGCGAGUGCUACAACACCACCGAAAAUUUCCAAAUCGACGUUGAAUGCACCUGCUCAGGCAAGGAACUGCAGCACAUCCCCGAUUUUCUCAACAAAACUCUAACUAAACUCGUGAUCACCGAUUCGGAUAUCAAGAGGAUUAGGAAGGACGAGCUGAAACCGUACAGGGACACCCUCAAGGACGUGACUUUGGGCAACCUGCCCUACUUGCGGGUCAUCGAAGACGGCACCUUUGCUGACAUUCCGAAUUUGCGAACUUUGUACAUAUCACACGCUCCCCAGCUCAAGUUCCUCGAUGGCCUACUAAUGGGUGUUACUUCAAAGAAAUUCUACUCCUUGAGGAUAGUGCAGACUGGCCUGGCCGAAGUGCCAGAUCUAUCAUACCUUCCGCCUGAAAAUGUCAUGCAUUUGCUCGACUUGGAUUUGAACAAAAUUGACAAACUUAAAGCAAACUCUGUGAAAAUACAAGCCGAGCAAGUGACGCUGAACUACAACGAAAUCACGGUUGUGGAGGACCUAGCGUUCAAUGGCUCACAAAUAGGCAAGUUGAAUCUUGGCGGCAACAAAAGACUGAAAAAACUGGAGCCCAACGCCUUCAAAGGCCUCCAGAGUUUGCGAGAAUUAGACUUGUCCAGUACGUCCAUUGAGAAUCUUCCCGUCGUCGGAUUGGGAGAGAUCGAGACGCUCCGUAUCGAAGAUACGCCUUCGAUGAAAGUAAUUCCAAGCAUUUACGAUUUGGAGAAUUUGAAAGUGGCUAAAUUGACGCAUCCUUUUCAUUGUUGCGCAUUCAAAUAUCCCGAACAGCAUAAUCCCGAGAGACAUGCACAAUAUGAGGAGACGACGAAAAGGGCCUGUAAGGAGUCGACAGUGGCUGUUGACACGGGACAGCCGGAUGGGGGAAAUAAAAGGACGAAACGUUGGUUUCAGGACGACUACGACCCCAGUCUCAACGUCCUCGGCUACGAGCACAUCGGCUCUCGCCCCCUGCCCCCCAAAGACUGGACCCCCAACCUGGACCACUUCAAAGGCCACCCCAACAAAAGCGACCACUCCCACCUAAACCCUCUCCGAGGCCGCACCAUCGACCAUGAGGAAGCCCGUCCUCUGGACUACGAAGAAGACUUCGGAACUUUCCACGCGAAAUCGGCCGAAAUCCCCCAACAGCACAAAGUUUACGCCGUUUGUGGCAACCUAGCCAUGAUGAGGACCCCUUCGGUCAAAUGCUACCCCGAAGCCAACGCCCUCAAUCCUUGCGAAGACAUCAUGGGCUUCUCCUGGCUCCGAAUUUCCGUGUGGUUUGUGGUGGUGUUGGCGGUUGUGGGCAAUUUGGCCGUGAUUGUGGUCGUGCUGUUCAGUGGGGGCGAACUGACCGUUAAUAGAUUUCUAAUGUGUAAUUUGGCGUUCGCUGAUUUUUGCAUGGGCUUGUAUCUGCUUCUAAUCGCAAGCAUGGAUCUGCACUCAGUCGGGACGUAUUUCAAUUUCGCCUUCGAUUGGCAAUACGGUUUCGGUUGCAAACUCGCAGGUUUCCUCACAGUUUUCUCGUGCCACCUCUCAAUUUUCACUCUGACCAUUAUAACCCUUGAACGUUGGUUUGCCAUUACAUACGCCAUCCACUUAACUCGUCGCAUUCGUCUGGGGGCUGCCGCCAAAACGAUGCUCGGAGGUUGGAUGUACUCAAUUCUCGUGGCAUCACUGCCUUUGGUCGGAGUCAGCAAUUACAGCAGCACGAGCAUUUGCCUCCCGAUGGAGGUGAACCGAGUGGCCGAUAGGGCCUAUCUCUACUCCAUAAUCCUAGUGAAUGCAAUAGCUUUCGCCCUAAUAGCGUUCUGCUACGCUCAGAUUUACCUGAGCUUGGGUCAAGAAACGCGCCACGAGAUGGCCAUUGCGAAAAAAUUCGCCUUGUUGGUGUUCACUGAUUUUGCGACAUGGGCCCCCAUUUCGUUUUUCAGCGUUACGGCCCUGGCGGGCUACCCACUGAUCGGGGUGACGAAAAGCAAGAUUUUGUUGGUGUUUUUCUACCCGAUUAAUUCGUGUGCCAAUCCGUACCUGUACGCUAUAAUGACGGCGCAGUACAGAAAGGACUUCUUUAUUCUCUUGUCGAGAUGCGGCUUGUGCAAAAAGAAAGCACAGAAAUACACCCUCACCACAUCAAAUAACUCACACCCAAUUCCGCUCCUGCAGCGAUCGAACGGCCAGUGCCAGAUAAUCAAAGCGAAUCAUAUUGACGACACAUUGAUAUAAUGUCAUUUGUGUUCUGUGAUGCAACAUGAACAAUUGACUUUUUUACGACUACGUCGCAGCUACUAGUCUAGGUACAAAUACGACAUUCCUAUUCCUGCAAUUUUAGGCUCAAUAGUGUUUCUACGAAUAGGGUAGACAAUAACUGAUAUUUUGUACAGCUCUAGACAUUUUUAUAUUUAUUUUGUAAAUAAAUAAGUCUAUCAUUU